GAGGAUCCAGGAAGGCUGACGGACGGAGAAGAGAGAAGAAAAAAAAAAAAAAAAGAAGGGGGGCGCCGCCAACAUCAUGAUCCGAAACCUCGUCGCUUGACAGAAGCCGAGCCCUCACAUCCUCCAGCGUCAGCUCUCACCUAACGCAAGGGCAUCAUGAUUCCCGUGAUGGAAUUCCGUCAGUUCUCUGAACAGCAGCCAGCGUUCAGAGUCCUGAAGCCGUGGUGGGACGUGUUCACCGACUACCUGUCUGUAGUCAUGCUCAUGAUUGGUGUCUUUGGAUGUACUCUUCAGGUAAUGCAAGAUAAAAUCAUAUGCCUUCCCCUGAGAGUCUCGUUGCUCCCGGUGAACAAAAGUGAAGUGGAAUCAAAGUCCCUGUUACACCUGCAAUCCAAUAUUUCAACCCCACCGAGAGAAAUGACAGGUCUGAAAACUGAUCUGGAUCUUCAACAGUACAGUUUCAUCAACCAGAUGUGUUACGAGAAGGCUCUGCACUGGUAUGCCAAGUACUUCCCUUAUUUGGUUCUUAUACACACUCUGAUUUUCAUGGUGUGUAGCAACUUUUGGUUCAAAUUUCCUGGCUCAAGCUCUAAAAUAGAGCAUUUCAUCUCCAUGCUCGGCAAGUGCUUCGACUCUCCCUGGACCACACGAGCUUUGUCGGAGGUGUCCGGAGAAAAUACUGAGGGAAAGGAAGAUAAAAAGAGCUCCACUUUGAGGUCCACCAUCGCGUUGUCUCCCGGGGAAGGAAGUCUGGAGAAGACACAAUCCCUCCGGUCGAUCCCGGAGAAAAUCGUGGUGGAAAAGCCAUCAGCAAGUGCUCUUGACAAAAAAGAGGGCGAACAAGCCAAAGCUCUUUUUGAAAAAGUGAAGAAGUUCCGUUUGCACGUUGAGGAAGGAGACAUCCUCUAUCUAAUGUAUGUUCGGCAGACAGUGUUCAAGGUGUUCAAAUUCCUCCUGAUCAUUGCUUAUAAUAGUUCCCUCGUGAAUAAAGUGCGGAAUACAGUGCUUUGUGAAGUGGAGAUACAGGACAACGGCUACAAAGACUUUAAAUGUAACCACACAAUGGCUCAUCUGUUUUCCAAGCUGUCCUACUGUUACCUGUGUUUGGUGGCCGUCUAUGGCUUGACAAGCCUUUACACCUCUUACUGGCUGUUUUACCGCUCACUGAAAGAGUACUCCUUUGAGUAUGUGCGACAGGAAACCGGCAUCAGCGACAUCCCAGAUGUCAAGAACGACUUUGCUUUCAUGCUGCACAUGAUUGAUCAGUAUGACCCGCUGUACUCAAAAGCGUUUGCCGUUUUUCUCUCCGAGGUCAGCGAGAACAAACUGAAGCAACUUAACCUCAACCACGAGUGGACCGCGGAGAAGUUGCGUCAGAGACUGCAGACUAACGGCAACAACAGACUUGAACUUCAGCUCUUCAUGCUCCCUGGGUUACCCGACCCUGUCUUCGAGGUGACGGAGCUGCAGUCCCUCAAGCUGGAGAUCAUCAACAAUGUCACCAUCCCUGCCUCCAUCUCGCAGCUGAUACACCUACAGGAGCUGUCGCUUUACCAGUGCUCUUUAAAGUUGCACACAACAGCUACCUCGUUCCUCAAAGAGAACCUGAAAGUGCUUCGUGUGAAAUUCGAUGACAACAGGGAACUUCCGCACUGGAUGUAUGGCCUGCGCAACCUCGAGGAGCUCUAUCUCACUGGGUCUCUAUGCCCUGAUGUCUCCAAAAAUAUAGUUCUUGAGUCGCUGCGGGAGAUGAAGUGUUUGAAAACUCUCUCCCUCAAGAGUAAUUUGACAAAAAUACCCCAGUCCAUAGUGGAUGUCUCCAGCCAUCUGCAGCGGCUGUACUUCCACAAUGAUGGCUCUAAACUAGUAAUGCUUAACAACCUGAAAAAGAUGACCAACCUGAUCGAGCUGGAGCUGGUACGUUGUGAUCUGGAACGCAUCCCGCACGCGAUCUUCAGCCUGACGAAUCUGCAAGAGCUUGACCUCAAAGAGAACAACCUUCGCUCAAUAGAGGAGAUCAUCAGCUUCCAGCAUCUUCGAAAACUAAUUUGCCUCAAACUUUGGUACAAUGGCAUCAUGUAUAUCCCAGAGCACAUCAAGAAGCUCGGCAGCCUAGAGCGCCUCUACUUCAGCCACAACAAGAUCGAGAUAUUGCCUUCGCACCUGUUCUUGUGCAACAAGCUUCGCUACCUGGACCUGUCCAACAAUGACAUCCGGUUCAUCCCUCCAGAGAUUGGAGUCCUUCAGAGUCUACUGUAUUUCUCUGUCACCUGUAACAAAAUCGAAAGUCUACCAGAUGAACUGUUCUUUUGCAAAAAGCUCAAAACGCUAAAGCUCGGCAAGAACUCACUGUCCAUACUCUCGCCAAAGAUUUCCUACUUAGCUCUACUGACAUACUUGGACCUCAAAUGCAACCACUUUGAGAGUCUGCCACAAGAGCUCGGUUGCUGUCGUGCUUUGAAGCGCAGUGGUCUUAUUGUGGAAGAGACAGUGUUUGAAACUCUGCCUUCAGAUGUCAGAGACCAAAUGAAGGCUGAGUGAGAUGCCUUAUUGCAGCCGCAGUGCCUGCUGUCUACCAAUUCAGAACAUUCAUUUUCUAUGAACUCCUUACCAUACUUUCACUACUAUUAAGUUAUUUUUCCUGUUUCCUUCACGGAGGGAAAAAUGACUUAUUCAUAUAAUGUCACAAAGAUUGUGGUUGCAACAGGGUUGCUUGUUAUGUUUUUUUGGAGAUAUUAUCCAACCACAAAUGCUUCUUAAAGGAACAGUUCUCUCUGAGAGUUAGCUGCUAGCUUAGCACUAAGACCCGCCAGCACCUCUGAAGCUAACUAAUUAACACGUCAUAGCUUGUUUGUUUUAUCUGCACAAAAAAGUAAAUGUAAAAACAGCAAGUUGUGGUUUCAUGGGUAGUCACAUGCUGGACUCAGCUUUGGCUUGGUGCAGUUCCUGGAGUCUCUUAAUUAGGUAAUACUUUUAUUUUGAUACAAUUCCUUUUGAUUCAAUUUUAACAAUGUCAAUAGCAAUUACCUUAUGCCUUAAAUACCUUAUACUAAUCAUUUCUUAAAGGGGAAUGGGAUUUUUAAUAAUGAGAACAAAAACAAAUCGGAGUACAAUAACCAAGUGCAAACAUAAAUACAAUUGUCCGGCAUUUUACAUAAAGACUAUGAAUAAAUAAUAAGCCCCCUUAAAACUUUCAGGUUGUGGUAUUUUUAAAUGCUGGAGGUUACUUGUGUGACACUUUUGCACUAUUGUCACAAAAAGUGCAUCUUGCUGUAUUUUUAUCUGCAGGCGAAAAGUAGCGUUGCAUCCCGCUACGUUUCCCUUCUGCCAUUCUUUGACGUUUGAGGUGGAAGUGUGCAACUGUGCGCCAGGUUCUGGUGCCAUAUUGGUUGUCAUGUGGCAAGAGCCAGGUGAAUAUGUCAGGGUGUUUUUGGCAAAAACAUUAUACAAAAGUAAUGAAAGAAGAGAAAGAAGUGAUGUAGCCAUCCACAUUUGUAUUUAUUUAUAUAUAUCGAUACAUCAAUAUUUUUCUGAAAGAAUCAACAACAAAUGAGGAGUUUAUAAGUAUCAAAGUAGCAAUAUCACAGUAUCAAUCUGCACAUCCCGACUCCUACGUAGUGAGAUUGAGAGAUGCUGGUAGGAAGUCAAGCUACUUACAUUUUCUUCUAGUCUUUAUGCUAAGCUAGCUGUCUCCUGGCUGUGGCCUCAAAUAUAGCCUGUGUGAUAUCGAUCUUUUCAUCUAACUCUCGGCCCGAACGCAAAGAAGCAUUUUUCCCUGGAUUAUGUUUGAAUGCAUAUUUCCUGUCACUGCUACAUGAAAUAAUUUGAUUACUGAAUGUAAAUCUAAACUGAAUACCUCACUUAGGGUAUGUUUAGGUCAGUAGCCUUAAGCUGUAAUGUAUACAUCUACUGUUGCCCUUAUUUUCUUCAAGAGACUGUUACAUCUCAUGGAUCGCAGCUGGGGAGAUGCAAAAACAAAGCAUAUAUCUCACAUAAGUAGGCUUACAUGUAAAUCUUGGCUGAACAAUUCUGUAUCUGAAA